AUGUAUCAGUUCAAAACAUCCGAAGGACACACAACAAACCUCAACCCAAUCAUACAAGAAUUGCUAGCAUGGGCGUACAUAGUCCUCAUCACUGUCCCUACUGCGGCAAAAACGCAGUGCCACGAGGUAUACUGCCUUGACAAGGAAGGGAAGACAUGUGUCUUGUGUGAGGAAGGCGAGAGGCGAUUCGAGAUGAACCAACUAAAGGCGAAGAGAUCCGUUCGAGACGCACAAGUCGCGGCAGCUCUCGCCGCCAGAGCAGAUACUAUGGCGACAGGAAAGGUCCGGUGGGAUGACAAGCUUCCCACCGUUGACAAGCUUGCGAAAACGGCGGCCAAAAAAACUCAGCAGGCUCUAAAAACGGGAAACUCUCAAAACAUGGAGUAUGGAAAAGCGGAGAAGAUCUGGAAGGGACCCAAAGGAAAAAGUCCGGCAAAGGUUCAGCAUACGGAAGCAAUCAAAGCCGACGAGACUUUCCAGGCCGAACAAUACAAAGCAAAGGUCAAACCCAAACUCCGAAUUCAGCGAGGGCGAUGA